AAAGAAAGAAAUUAGUCUACGCAAGAUGGCCGACCGGGUGACUUCGGCCUUUUGUUACUUCUCCUUUCUUUUAUAUUUGUUUCUUUUAAUACAUUGUAAUUUGGGUGAAAGAUUUGGUGAUAAAUCAAAAACUUUACAUAUUACUGAGGACACUGAACAAAUACGUCAUAAAAAAUCGUUUAUUAUUGAGAGAAAUAAUGUUAACGAUGACACAGACCGAACGUCAUUCAUCAGAACGCGUAGAGAUGCAUCUUCGACAAACGAAUCAAAAAUCGAAACCAAGGUGAAUGCGCUCAAUGACUCUCAUCAGCAGCUGAUGGUUCAUUGGGUCGGCGAAGGGUCCAGUAUUAUAAUAUGUCUUGCCCGAGAUAGUUUGUCACAAUCGAAUAAGAACAAUAAAAAUGUAACAGCAAGUCAUCCAAGUGCUGUUUACAUAAGUUACGAUUAUGGCAAUUCAUUUGAUAAUAAAACAGAAAAAUUUAAAAUAUCAGAUGAGAAAAAUUCAUCUUACGCCAGUGUGGAUAAAUUUUAUAAUCAUCCGACAUUUAAUGAAUUUUGCGUUUUUGCUGAUAGUACGAAUAAAUUAAUUUUUAUAACAAGAAAUUCUGGUUAUAAUAUUACGAGAGUUGAAGUUCCAUUUACACCGAGUGAAAUUUCUUUUGACGAUGAACAUUAUUAUUUUAUGGUAUUGGAUAAAGUUGAUCCGAAACGUAAGCUAUGGUUAACGAAAGAUUUGGGAAAAACUUGGAUUGUUGUUCAUGAAUUUGUGAAAGCAUUUUAUUGGACAGCCGAGCGGCCUAAAUCAUUAAUAAUUGAACGUGCGGAAGCAAUGGGUCGUAAUACAGUAAUAAAUUUAGGUACAGUUUCACAUUGGACUAGUAGAAAUUAUUCAAGAGUAAUCACUGGAGUUGAAGAUUUUCAAAUACGAGGAGAUUAUAUGUUUGCAACAAAGAAAUCGCGAACGGGAAAUGUAUGGGCACCAGGAAAAUAUUAUUUGAAUCUUUAUGUCUCGUUCAAAAAUCAGGAUUUUGUGAAAGCACAAUUCGACAGAGGUUUGCCGGCUCGUGAUUUUCACAUUGCUGAUGUUUCACAUAAUCGUAUUUUCGUUGCGGUUUCACACAGUGACACGCUAAUUAAUCUUUAUAUUUCCGAAGUUAUUGAUAAUCGUCAAGCUUCGUUUGUUUUAUCACUCGAAGGGAUUUUUACAUUUUUCCCAAAUAACACUUGGAAAGAAAGUUGGCUGAAUGAAGUUGCCGACGAAACUUUCACUGAUCUUUAUAAAGUUGAAGGUCUUCGUGGAAUUUACAUUGCCACUCAAAUAAAAGGUACACCAAAGUCAGUUAAUAUUGGACCAGAACAUUUGAUAUCGUUGAUAACAUUUGAUCAUGGUGCAACAUGGGGUCUUAUUAAUCCACCGCAAUACAAUUAUAAAGGCUAUUAUUUACAUUGUCCAAAGAAUUGUUCUCUACAUCUUGGUCAGAAAUUUUUUCAAUUAUAUCCAUUGACAAGAGCGGCUUCAAUAAUGAGUUCAAAAUCAGCACCUGGAAUAAUAAUGGCAACUGGUACAGUUGGCACAAGUAUGAAAGGACAUCCAGCUCUUUAUAUGUCGCGUGAUGCGGGUCUCACAUGGAAACAAGUGCUUGAAGAUUAUUAUUUUUUCAAUAUGGGCGAUCAUGGUGGUGUAUUAGUUGCGGUGAAAUAUUUUAAAUCACGUGGUGAGACACGUGAAAUUUUAUAUUCAACAAAUGAAGGUGAAAGUUGGCAAUCACAUGAAUUUACUGAUAAUUUAUUGAGAAUUUAUGGACUAAUGACGGAACCAGGUGAAAAUACAACGACAUUUACAAUGUUUGGCUCGGGAAUUGGACAACAUCAAUGGUUGAUUAUUAAAAUUAAUUUACGACAAGCAUUCCCCAAAGUUUGCGAUCAAAGUGAUUUUAAAUUUUGGAGUCCAGCAACACCGCGUGAAUCAUUGUCGACAUGUGUUUUAGGACGAAAGGAAAUUUAUCAGAGACGAGCUGCAAGUAUACAGUGUUACAUUGGUGUUAGUUACAAUAGGCCAGUUAAAAUUGAUACAUGUCCAUGUGAUGCAAAUGAUUAUCAAUGUGAUUAUGGAUUUGUGCGCGAGACAAAUCAAUCAUCACUUUCUUAUCGUUGUAUAAGAAAUAAAACAUCAGAAUAUGAUCCAUAUAAAAUACCAGAUGUUUGUCCGCCUGGAGAAUUUUAUAAUCGAACAAAGGGUUAUAUCAAGAUUCCAAAUGAUGAUUGCAUUGGUGGACGCGCCAGUUUGUAUGAGCCGGAUCAGAUACCAUGUCCAAUGGCAGAAUUGGGAGAAUUUUUACUUGUCGCACAACGAGAACAUAUUUCGAGAAUUGAUUUGGAAACAAAAAAAUUAGAAAAAUUACCAGUUCACGGUUUAAAGAAUGUUAUUGCGAUUGAAUUUGAUAUGCGUAAUAAUUGCCUCUAUUGGGCUGAUAUUGUAAAUGACACGAUUGGAAGGCAAUGUCUGUCGAAUGGCUCGAGUUACCCUGAAAUACUUGUUGAGACUGAUCUUAGUUCCAUUGAGGGAAUGGCUUUAGAUUGGGUUUCAAAUGUACUUUAUUUUGUUGACGGUGUUAAAAUGAGAAUUCAAAUAAUUCGAACCGAUAUCAAUACAAUGGGACGAAUGAGAAGAACAAUUUUGGGACCAAAUAAUUUACAAAAACCAAGAGGCAUCGCUGUACAUCCAUUGAGGGGAUAUAUAUUUUGGACCGAUUGGGCACCUGGUAAUGCAUCAGUUAAUCGAGCUAAUAUGGACGGUAGUAAUUACAAACUACUUUUCCGUGGUUCAGUUGAAUGGCCAAAUGGUAUCACUAUCGAUCAUAUGGCAGAACGUAUUUAUUGGGUUGACGCAAGAGAGGAUUAUAUUGGUUCAUCUGAUUUUGAUGGGAAGAAUUUUAAAAAAAUCAUCUCUCAAGAUGAACGUGUUUCACAUCCAUUUGCUGUGGCAGUAUUAAAGGACAAUAUGUAUUGGGACGAUUGGAAACAAUCAAUGAUAUUUACAGCCGACAAGGAUCAUGGACGUAAAAUAACAACAAUAAUUGGCCAACUAACUGGAUUAAUGGAUUUAAAAGUUUUUGCCCACAGUGUACAAACGGGUACAAAUAAAUGUGUCAAUAGUACAUGUUCACAUAUUUGUUUAGGUGCACCCGAUGCUCAAGGUUUUGUUUGUCUUUGUCCCGAUGGUAUGGUAAUGACAAAUGGAAAAUGCAUGUGUCCCAAUGGUAUAACGCCAUUUGAAAAUUCAACAUGUCCAAAAGUUGCCAAUACAUGCUCGGGCAAUCAAUUUGAAUGCAAUAAUGGUGCUUGUAUACCGGAAUUUUGGAAAUGUGAUGGCGACAAUGAUUGCGGUGAUAAUUCCGAUGAGACAAUGUGCAGUCGUUCAACGUGUAAUCCAAGUUCAUUUGAAUGCGAUAAUAAUAAAUGUAUUCCAAAUUAUUGGGUUUGUGAUUUAGAUAAAGAUUGUAUGGAUGGAAAAGAUGAGAUGAAUUGCACAUAUUCAAAUUGUACUGAUUCACAAUUUAAAUGCGAUAAUGGAAGAUGUAUUUCACAUCGUUGGCUUUGUGACAGUGAGGAUGAUUGUCGUGAUGGUUCUGAUGAGAGAAAUUGUACAAAACCAUUGCAACCAAGUACAUGUAAAUCAGAUGAGAUACAGUGCGCAAAGGAACAUAUGUGUAUACCAAGAACAUGGAAAUGUGAUGGUGAAAAAGAUUGCGAGGAUGGAACAGAUGAAGCCGAUUGUCAAAGUAUGAAAUGUGAAAAUUGGCAAUUUGAUUGUCAGGAUCAAAAUCAACAGCACAGAUGUAUUUAUCGUUCGUGGGUAUGCGAUGGCGAUAAGGAUUGUGCCAAUGGACUUGAUGAGCAAAAUUGUACGAUGACAACAUCGCCGACGCUAUUUCCACCGAGUUUGCCGACAAAUUCAUGUAACGAUUGGAUGUUUAGAUGUCAUAAUAAAAAAUGUGUACCAUAUUGGUGGAAAUGUGAUAGUGUUGAUGAUUGUGGUGAUAAUUCGGAUGAGCUUGGCUGUGGUAAUACGGAUGUGAUCACUGAACGUCCUAAUUAUACGAUAGAGCCACGUGUUUGUCAACCGCAUCAAUUUCAAUGUUACGAUGGCGCUUGCAUUGAACAGGCGUGGGUUUGUGAUGGUUCACCUGAUUGUGCAUCAAAUGAAGAUGAAUUAAAUUGUGAGGGUCAACAUAUGAGUUGUCGUGAUGAUCAAUUUAUGUGUCGUUCCGAUGGUAAUUGUAUAUCGGCAGAUAAUGUUUGUAAUGGAUUGGAGGAAUGUCCAGAUGGUAGCGAUGAGAAUGGUUGUCAUGGCGAUGAUAAUCCAUUGUUACCAACAAUGUCACCAUGUGUACAGGGUAGAUUUCUUUGCGAUGGAACACUUUGUUUACCGCUUGCAAAUAAAUGUGAUGGUAAACCCGAUUGUUUUGAUGGUUCUGAUGAAAUGAAUUGUGAACAAAAUACACGUGUUUAUCAAGUUUUGGUAAUGAAAAUUGAUGAGAGAGCAACCGAGGCAAAUAGUAUACAUCUUCAUUGGUGGAUAUCGGUGCCAAAUAAUACGGUACUUGAAUUUUUACCAUCAAUAUCGCCAGCUGAACCAAAUGCAAAAUGGAUUAAUGCAACAAGUUGGAUGCAGGGCUAUAAUCAUCAAUUCACUGGUUUAAGUCCUUAUACACGUUAUAAUAUAACUGUUUUUGUGAGAUUGAAGGGCUCAAAAAUUGUAUUUCCACCUGGUAGUUAUUUGAUUGCAAUGACAAAGGAGGGAGUUCCAUCGGAACCUUGGGGCGUUGUUGUGAGUCAGAAGAAUGGUACUCGUGUGGAAAUAUCAUGGCGACCACCAGCUAAUCCAAAUGGUGUUAUAAUUGGCUAUGAAGGUUUUAUAACACCGCCAAUACCGCCAAUGAAAUAUUCCCUACAAAAAACAGCGGUGUCAAUUGAAUUGGCAUUUGAGGCGGGUAAAAAUUAUUCAUUUUGGGUAAUAGCGAAAAAUAAAAAAUAUCAAUCGAAUACAUCAAAUGUUGUGACAUUGACAUUUGAUGGUGCAUCAAAUAUUGAUGAUAUUAAGGAUUUAACAGUGAUAACGGAAAAAACGACAAAUAAUUCAGUAACAUUGAAAUGGCAAAAGGUCCCUGAUAUUGAUGGUUAUACUAUUAUGCCAAAAUCACCGUCACACUAUCCAAAUUUAAAUUUCAGUAUUGUCGAUAGCAAUGUUGAUACUUAUACGGUGACUGGAUUAGCGCCUGGUGUUUCAUAUACAUUUGAAGUUACUGCCAAGAGAAAGGAUUAUUUUGGUAAACCUGCUUCAGUUUCGGGUGCUACAAGUGGCGUUGCUUUGCCUACAGUUUCUAAAGUACAGGGAGAAUUAAUUAAAGCACAAGGAACAACAGUUAAAUUGAGUUGGGAACCACCUAAAGAUUCACGAAAAAUCAAAUGGCAAUAUGCUGUUCAUUACGCUAUCACCAUGCAAGAUCUUUAUAAAGAAGCUAAGAUUAUAACGAGCCAUGUUGGUGCAACAGUUCGUGAUUUGGAAGCAUGUAGCAAAUACAUGUUUUCCGUUGGUAUUAGAGAUUCUGUUUUUGGCGCUGGACCAUUAAGUGAACCCUAUAAAAUUGAAACACAUUUCAGUCCAAAAGCUCGUCCCAAACAAUUGAGAGUUACUCCUUCUGAUAAAAUUGACACUAUCUUUGUAACUUGGAGGGCAAGUUGUGAAACAAUUGACACACCAAUUAAUUAUACUAUCUUUGUCACUGAAUUGGUGCUAAAGAAACAUUCAACAAUAACAUUGAGUCCAACAAAUGACACAUCCAUGAAACAUUUAUUGAAAAAUAUAAAAUUGGGCGGCAAAUAUGAAAUAUCAGUCUCAACAGAUGUUGAUGGUGCUAUUCCAACAGAGACAAUGAUUUACAUUGCUCCUCCCAUUAUACCUCCGCAUCAAGUGAUAGUUGAAAAGCAUCAAAAUGAAGAGAAAUAUAUUGUGAAAUGGGAACAAAGAAAUAUGUCUGAUAGUUGGAAGAAUACUAAAUAUCAUUUUGAUGUUCUAAUAUCCGAAGGCUCAAGUAUUGUCAAUGAAUCAAAUGCUAAAAUUUAUAAUAGUAAACAAUCGCCUUUUGAAUUUAUACCGGAAAAUAUUGAUGCAAUGCAUUCAAUUGCCGUACGUUUAGUUAGUGAAGAGGGCUAUCACAGCGAGUUGAGUGAAAUUGUCAGUAUCGUAAAUCCAAAUGCUGAUUUACGAGUUACAUCGAUGAAUACAUCAAACAUUCUAUCUCUUGCCAUUCCAUUAUGUUUGCUCAUCGUAGCCUUAGGAGCAGCUCUGGGUUAUUUUGUUGUUAGACACAGAAGACUGUCGAAUAGUUUUACACAAUUUGCGAACAGCCAUUAUGAUACGAGGAGAGGACAAGCCACUUUCCCCGGCACUACUGAUGGCCUAGAAGAAGAAGACAGUCCAGUGAUUAGAGGAUUUUCUGAUGAUGAACCAUUGGUAAUGGCUUAAAAAAAAAAAAUUGAUGCAUAUAUAUAAAUAUAUUUAUAUAUAUACGUAAUAUACUAAAGUUAUGCGGACUAUUAAUGAUAAUAAUUGUAAUUAGAAUUAAAAAUUUUAUUAUAAAGAACAGAGAAAGGUUUCACGUAAGUCACGCAAUCGACUGACCGUCGUCUCUUACGUUAAAUCUUUGUAUAAAGAAAGAAAAAAAAAAAAAAAAAAAACUAUUUCAUUAUUUUAUCGAGAAGUAGAUAGCAAAAGUGUAAAUUUAUUGGCACCGCAGUUGCCAAAUUAUAAUGCUUUUGCAUAAAAAAAAAAAGAAGAAAAUAAAAGAAAAUAAAAAAAAAAAAAUCAUAGAAAAGAAAUUGAGCGAAUGUAAAUCAUACAGGCCGCACUGUAAAUAGCAAUCAUUUUCUAUGAACGACACGAAAAAUGAACGCUUCUCGAUUCUAGGAUGCCAUAUUAUUAGUCGAUAUUUUAACAGUUCAGUGCAGUGAUGAACCUCUCUUUAUUAUUUUUCUGUUUUAUUUCAAUUACGUUUCGUAAGUUGUUAUUUUUUAAGAGAUCGUCGUCGUUUCAUUGUCUAUUAUAAUAAAAAUAAUAAUAAUAAUAAUAAUGAAAUAGAUUGAGUUUAUUGUUUUGGCGGUGUUGUAAGAAAUACAAUUUAAAAAAAAAGAAAAAAAAAGAAAAAAAAAGAAAAAAAAAGAAGAAAAAGAAAGCGAGGAAGAUAUCCAAUUAAAUGUAAGAAUUAUAAAUGUAACUUGAUCUCAACGCGAGAGAUCACGUUCCAAUGUCGUCAAUUUUUUGCUGUGAAAAAUUCUGUUCCUAUCAUAUAUUUGUACAUUCUUAUAAUUACGCUAAUGAGUGACUUCGUUUUGAGUGAUUCGCCCUCGUGAAGAAAAAAAAAAAAAGAAAAAUAACUUUCUGGCAGGCCCGUAAAGUUAGUUGUGAAAAUAUGAUUAUUUUUUUUUUCUAAUUAAUAAUUAAUGAAAAUUUCAAAACGCAGUUAUGAGGUAUUCAUAAUUUAUUUCCUUUUCUCUUGUACCUCAUUUCUAUGUUGAUAUUUUCAUUUUAUUUUUUAUUCAAUCUAUUGUUUUACGUUCUAAAUAGUUGAAAGUACUUUUUUCUCAUUUGAAGCAAUGAUUUUUUUUAUUUUAAAGCAUUUUUCUUGUGACAGAGAAAAAAAAAUUGCAGUAAAGAUUGAAAAUUUUUGAAAAUUAAAUUUAAAAAUAAAAAAAUCGGUAUCUAAGAAUUUUUUUUUUUUUUUGAAAACGAAAAAAAUUCAUACUAAACUUUUAAACAUUGUUUUAAACAAUUUUUGUACUUUUAUUUUAUCGAGGAAAAUUUUCAAAAAAAAAAAUUGUAACAAAAAAAUACAAAAAAUUCCAGACUGUCACAGGUGAAAUUUCUUUAAAUAAUGAUCAUGUAAUUAAAAUGUAAAAAAAAAAUCUCUUUAUCAAGGGAGUCGAAUCAACCAAAGUUAAGCCCAGUGUCAGUGAUUGCCAAUGCAAUUAAAUAUGUAAUAAGUUUUUUUUUUGUUUCUAUUAUUUUGUAAUGUGACUUUUUUUUCAAAGUAACAUUAUAUAACAAACUUUUGGCUGUUUACUGACAAAACUAUCUCUGAUUUUUUACUAUCUAAACAGGUUGCCACGAAAAUUGUUUUUUGUUAAUUUGAAAUUUAGAGAAGACGAAGAGAAGAUGUGAAAAAAAAGUAGAGCCAAAGAGUGAACUGAUAACGAUCAACUUAAAAAUAACCGUGUUGGUUAUUUUUUGUGACUUUAUAUAUAUUAUAUUAUAUAUAUAUAAAAAAAAAUGAACGAACCACUUUUGUUUUUUAUCCUUACGACUUUUUGCCCAAUUUUAAAUAUUUUUGAAAAAAAAAUUUGCAAAUAAUAAUUGGUAAUAAUUGUUUUUUUUUUUAAAGAGAUGUUGAACUGCGUUCCGAGCCAAAACUAAAAAAAAUAAAAUAAAAUAAAAACAAUCAGAACCUAAUGGUUGUUUGAAUUAUAAAACAAUAAAAUUAAGAUGUUAAAGUGUCUUUAAAAUACAAUAAUAAUAUUAUAAUGUAUUGUGUCGACGUUUCGAGUUUGAGUAUAAUAGAUUUAAAAUUAUUGUCCAAGGCGGGUAAUUAAUAUGAAAUGACACUAUCGAUAAAUUAUGACAAUUAAUCUAUUUAUAUAAUAAUAACUAACGAUCAAAUUUUUUUUAUUGAUUUAAAAAAAAAACGGAGAGGAAAAAAUUUGGGUAAUUUUUUAAAUAAUGUUAAACAUAAGUUUUAAUUGUAAUUUGUCAUAAUUUUAAAUGUGACUUGAAAUAAUAAUUUUAAAACAUCUUUUUUGAAAUAAUUCAAAGUAAUUUUAAAUGUAAUUGAGAGUAAUUUUAAAUUCAAAGUAAUUACAAAUAUAAUUCAGAGUAAUAAAUAUAAUUUGAAAUUUGAAAUUUGAAAUUAAUAAUUAAUAAGAAAAUGUUGAAAUUAUUAUUGGCGUCUUUAGAAAAAGAAUUUCUUGCCUCACACGCUUUUCUUGUCAAAAAAAACAAAAAAGAAAGAAAGAUUCUUGAGAUGUAAAGAAUCUUCAGUUCCAUUUUUGUAAAUUCAUUCGGGUGAUUAAUAAAGACUGAUCUCUUCUUAUUUUUUACAUUUUAAUUUCUUUUCGCUUUUCUUUUUGAUAAAUAAUGUAAGCCAUUAAUUAUUAUUAUUAUUAAACACAUUCGCAACGAAAAAAAAAAUCGACGUGUGUGUUUAAUAAAUAUUUUGAACACUGAUUCUGAUAAAUGAAAAUUUUUUUCGAAAAUCUAUUGUGUCGUUUUUAUUUUUUAAACAUGUAAUAUCGAAUUAAAAAAAAAACCUUCAAGAAGGUCUGUGAUAAGCUAAGUCUGCAAUUUAUAAAUUUCGAAUGUUGCGUUUGUAUAGAAAGAAAGAAAGAAAGAGAGAGAGAGAGAGAAAGAGAUAAAGCAAAAUGAUUCUUCUUUAAGUGGAAAAAAGAAGCAUUAAAGCAGUAUUAGCAAGGAAUAUUCUCGCCUUGUAAUUUUUAAAUUAUAUAGCUGUAUUUGCUAAAAAAAAGAAAAUGGAAAAAAAAGAAAAAGAAAACUCGAACCGAUUCGUUGAUUCUAUGCAUCAGUGAUUUAUAUAUGUAUAGCUUAUACAUAUAUAUAUAACAAUGUCACACAAGUUUCUUUAAAAAUUGUUACAUUCUUACGAAAAAAAAUAGCAUAAAGGACUUUGAUAAAAAUUUCAAUUAAUAAUAUUAAUAAUAAUAAUAAUAAUAUGUGAAGAGCAAGAUUGUAAUUGUAUUACUUGUACAUGUCGAGGGUAUGUAGCGAUCAUCAGUGAUAUAAUAUAUUUACGUGUAAAUAAACGAAGUUCAAGCGCAA